AUGUUCAAUGAAGAGGAGGAGAUGGCAGAUGUGCCCAUUGAGCAAGAUCGAACACCACGGCCUUCUAAAAAAUGGUCGUGGAUGUGGGAAUAUUUCACUAAAAUUCCUGGUGAUCAUGUGAACCCUCAAGCAAGAUGUAACCAUUGUGGGCAAUUUUGUGGUUGUCAUUCGAAGAAGCAAGGUACCAGUGUAUUGAUAGCACAUCUUACUGGUUGCCAGCAGUAUAAAAUUACGAAGGGAUUGGCAGCCACUGGCAUUGAUCAAACCAAGUUGAGUUACGAAACUCAAAUGGCAACUGAUGCUAGCAGAUCACAUGUUAAGAAGCUUAUAAUCUCUCAAUAUAGUGAAAAGAUGUUGCGGGAAUUACUUGCAGAGAUGAUCAUUACUGAUGAGAUGCCUUUUACCACAGUUGACAAGAAAGGCCUCAACAAAUUUGUGCGCUGUCUUGAGCCACAUUUUCCCAUGCCUUCACAGUAUACGGUUAUGCGUGAUUGUUUAAAGUGA